AUGACGAUGAUCAGAGUUUUCGUUCUUUUGUUUGUCGUAGCCACGUGUCAUGUAUGGAGUACGAGCAGCAGUGUUGAUGGACAAUGCAUAGAGAAGGAGAGAGAAGUCCUUGUAGGCUUUAAGCAAGGCCUUGUCGACGAAUACAACGUUCUAUCAUCCUGGGCAAGCACCGGCGGAGAUUGUUGCACUUGGAGAGGAAUCAGGUGUGAUAACUCAACUCAUCAUAUUAUUGCUCUUGAUCUUCCUGCUCAAUCUAAUGAACAAAUAUUGAGUGGUCAAAUCAGUUCUUCGUUGGUUGAGUUACAACAUUUGAGCUACUUAGAUCUCAGUUACAAUAAUUUCACUAACAUUCCCGAGUUCAUUGGCUCUUUGUCUAGACUCACAUAUCUCGACCUUUCAUAUAAUAUUAUUGUCGGAAUCAUUCCUUCCCAACUUGGGAAUCUGACGAGGUUAAAGUACCUCGAUCUUGACGGUGUCCCUGGUUAUGGUCAGUUGAUUGGUAAUAGUCUUGAAUGGCUUUCUCAUCUCAAUUCUCUUCAAUACUUUGGGCUUGGAAAUACUGAUUUGACCAGAGCCACAAAUUGGUUUCAAUCAUUCAAAACAGCAUCCUCCCUAUCAUUUUUGGCAUUGUCUAAUUGUGUAUUACCACAAGUAGAUAUCUCAUCUCUUUCGCAUUCCAAUUCAUCCUCUAAUUCUCUCACAGAUCUUUCCAUUGUGAAGAGUUCCGUACACCCCACAACAGUUCCUUGGUUGCUCAAUAUCAGCACCAGUCUCGUUAAUCUUUCACUAUCUGAUAGUGACAUUAAAGGAGCUCUUCCAAAUUCUUUUGAAAACAUGAGAUAUCUCAAGAAAAUUGAUUUGUCGGCCAAUGAAUUCGAAGGUGGAAUACCAAAAUCGUUGGGGAAUCUUUGCAGUCUUGAAUUUCUAUGGUUGGAAUGGAACAAGUUCAACACAACACUUGGUGAUGUUUUAAAAAGCGUCGACGGCUGUGCUAGAAACUCAAUGCGUAUUAUGGAUCUGAAUGGGAACAACCUAAGAGGUUCUUUCCCUGAUGAUUCGAAUACAUUUCCGCCCCGUCUACAAUAUUUAAGCAUCUUUGACAACUACCUCGAAGGACCCAUACUGACCAAUCUUUCAGUGUUGUCAGACCUUAGAGUAUUGCUUGCCAAUCAUAACAGGUUCAAUGGCACUAUACCUGAAAGUAUUGGUGAGCUCCAAUAUCUCGAGGAUUUUGAUUUCUCUUAUAACAAUUUCUCUGGCCUUGUCUCAGAAGUUCACUUCCGUAAACUUUCCAAUCUAAAGGAACUGUACUUAUCUCGGAACAUGUUAACAUUGAAAUUCGAUCCCACUUGGGUUCCACCCUUCGACCUACUCUCCGUUAAGUUGGUGUCCUGCAACUUAGGUCCUCAGUUUCCCAGAUGGCUUCGAAACCAAACAAAUAUUUCUAUUCUUGAUAUUUCAUACAGCGAAAUUGAUGAUGUUAUUCCUGAUUGGUUUUCCAACCAUGCUUCCAAACUGAUGGUUCUAGAUCUACACAAGAAUCAAAUUCAUGGCCCAAUCCCACACUAUCUGUCUAGUGUGCAAUUGUUACAUCUCUCUGAUAAUCACUUUGUUACUAUCAAAGAUUUUGGUUGUCAAGCAGUGUCCAACAAAACAGAACAUCUUGAUGUUUCUAAUAACUUGUUAUUCGGAAGCAUCCCUGAUUGUUGGGGGAACUUGAAGUCUUUGAAGUUUCUCAUGUUAAACGACAACAAUUUGUCUGGAGGGAUCCCAAGCUCAAUGGGCUUUUUGAAUAAAAUUCAGUAUUUAAGUCUGAGGCACAACAACUUAUCGGGAGCUUUACCUUCGUCAAUGAAGAAUUGUGCAAAUCUUCAGUUUCUUGAUUUGGAGGAGAAUUCGUUGGAAGGAGAAAUACCAACAUGGAUGGGGGAAGGACUUAGAAAUUUGAUCAUCCUUGGCCUUAAAUCAAAUAAAUUUUAUGGAAGUAUACCAUCAAAUUUAUGCCACAUUCGUUCCAUUCAAAUUUUAGACCUUUCAAUGAAUGAUCUCUCUGGAGAUAUUCCUUCGUGCAUAAACAAUUUUACUCAUAUGAUGGAUAAUAGUACUCAAAAGAUGUUGUUUACCCAUAUGUAUGUUAUCAAGAGGAGGUCUGGUACGAUGGUCUAUAAUUUUAAUGAUAUAGCUGAAGCAAAAAUUAUGUGGAAAGGAAAAUAUUACCAGUUUCAGAGAACUUUGCAGUUAUUGAAACUCAUCGAUCUGUCAAGCAAUAAACUCUCUGGUCAAAUACCUGAAGAACUGACUAGUCUGGUUGAAUUGGUUCAACUAAACUUAUCAAGGAACCAUUUAUAUGGACCAAUUCCAAGGGAGAUUGGUAAGAUGAGCAACCUACAAGCACUGGAUUUCUCCAACAACAAUCUUUCAGGUACAAUUCCCACAAGCUUCGAGAAGCUAUCGUUUUUGGCCAACCUGGAUUUGUCAAAUAACAAAUUCUCAGGAAGAAUCCCUACGGCCACUCAACUGCAAAGCUUUAAUGCUUCUUCAUUCAUCGGAAACAUUGGACUUUGUGGUAAUCCUCUACCAAACUCAUGCUCCGAAAGUAACUCACAUCAUUCAACUAACAUUGGUGACAGUGUUCUUAGAGAUGGUAAAGAAUGGUUUGACAUGCCAUGGCUUCAAAUGGGAUUUGGAGCUGGAGUUGGAGUUGGGUUCGCUGGAGUUUCUGGUUAUUUUUUGUUCAAUAUUUCUUGGAAACAAGCCUUUUUCCAAUUCUUAAAUAAAGUGAAAUUUGUUCUACAUGGAUGAAACCAUUUUUGUCAAAGCAGUUAAGGUGAAGAGCAGGUUUUCUAGCUAGCAGAAAAUAAGUGAAUUAAUAAAGAACUUGUUCAUCGUGGGCAAUGGUGUUGGUCUUACAUCAAAUGAGGUGGAGCAAGCGGCUUUAAGAUGGUUUGAAGUGUUCAGAGUUGAAAUAGUAAAUAUAUGUCUCAGUGUGAAGUUUUUCCAUUAUGCUACAUUAUAAGUUUCAUAGAAUGGGUGCUGGUUACAGCUGAUUGAUUACUUUAAUAUUAAUGAUCUAUAUUUAUAAUUGUUAAUUAAUAUUUUUAAAAAUAAAUUUUGAUUUCUUCAAAAUUUUGGAAGGCA